AUGUUCGGCACCUUUAGGGGUCACAGCAACUGCUCCUUGGCUGCAGGUACGUGGCCGUGGCCCGAUGCUGGCGGCGCCACUGGAAGUGACACGUGGCCGAAUGAGCAGAGUGGAUGGGAGGAGUGGACUGAUCCAAGCACAGCUGCAUGCGGCGCAUGUGGUGCUUGGGGCAAGGGAGAUCCAUCUGGCGGAGGUGCUGCCUGGGGGAAGGGAGAUGCAUCUGGCGCAAGUGGCGCAUGUGGUGCGUGGGGAAAGGGAGAUCCAAGUGCAUCUGGCGCAAGUGGCGCAUGCAGUGCAUGGGGUCAGGGUGAGGCGUGGGCCGGGCCAGACGGUUGGGCCGGUGAUGGUGUGGCUACUGCCACAGCGCCCGCGGCUACGAAUGUCCCGGUUGGGGGCGGUGCGGCAGGGAAGGGGGAGGCUUGGCCAGCGAUGGUGGGGAGCAACUCGCCUAACCCAUGGGAAGGUGAUUGGGAGUGGGGGCAAGACUGGUCAGAGUGGCCUGAAGGCAAGGGGAAAGGAGUCAAAGGAGCUUGGCCACAAGCAGAUUCAGCCUGGGGCGAAUGGGCCGCCAAGGGCUGGAAAGGCUGGAGCCCCGCUGCUUGGAAGGGUUCCUUUGGCAAGGGUCCCUGGUGA